GGAAGUCGUCCCAUCCGGGUUGAACGGCACAUUUACACUUCCUGACUCGGCUCGUCACUGUCUGCGUUGGUCCUGUCUUCUGUUAAAUUAUCAUUUUUACUGGUCGAUCGUGCAAUUUCUGAAACAAAAUGCCUUUAAAGUUCGAGCUGUGUCCGGACAGAAUGAUCGGAGGAAACCACCCGUGUUUCAUCAUCGCUGAGAUCGGACAGAAUCACCAGGGAGACAUUGAGAUUGCCAAGAAAAUGAUCAAAAUGUCAAAGGACUGUGGAGCUGACUGUGCCAAAUUUCAGAAGAGCGAAUUAGAGCACAAGUUUAACAAGCGAGCCUUGGAGCGCCCCUACACCUCCAAACAAUCCUGGGGGAAGACUUACGGUGAGCACAAGCGCCACCUGGAAUUCAGCCAUGAGCAGUACAGGGAGCUGCAGAAAUAUGCAGAGGAAGUGGGGAUCUACUUCACGGCCUCGGGCAUGGACGAGAUGGCAGUGGAGUUUCUCCAUGAGCUCAAUGUGCCUUUCUUCAAAGUGGGAUCAGGAGACACCAACAACUUCCCCUAUCUGGAGAAGACUGCCAAGAAGGGACGUCCCAUGGUGGUGUCCAGCGGGAUGCAGUCCAUGGAGACGAUGCGUCGGGUCUACAAGACGGUGAAAGAGCACAACCAGAACUUUGCCAUCCUGCAGUGCACCAGCGCCUACCCUCUGGAGGCUGAGGACGUCAACCUCAGAGUGAUCACUGAAUACCAGAAGGAAUUUCCUGACAUUCCCAUCGGUUAUUCUGGCCACGAGUCUGGGAUUAAUAUUUCAGUGGCGGCCGUAGCGCUUGGGGCAAAGGUCAUCGAGCGUCACGUGACCUUGGACAAGUCGUGGAAAGGAAGCGACCACGCAGCCUCACUGGAGCCCUCUGAGCUCACCGAGCUGGUCCGCUCCAUCCGGCUUGUGGAGAGAGCGCUGGGCAGUGGCCUUAAGCAGAUGUUACCCUGCGAGAAGCCAUGUCACGAUAAGUUGGGUAAGUCAGUGGUGGCCAAAGUGAAGAUCCCCAGUGGAACCACACUAACUCUGGACAUGCUGACAGUAAAGGUGGCCGAGCCCAUGGGCGUCGCAGCUGAGGACAUCUACCAGCUGGUUGGCAAAACAGUGAUGGAGGACGUGAAGGAGGACGAGAGCGUUGUGCCGGGGGUGGUAGACAACUAUGGCAAAAGGGCAAAGUGCUGAGGAUGGAAGAGAGGUUUGGAAUAGUUAAAAACUAAAAUUGAGAGGAAAUUGAAUAAUUUCUUCUGGGGAUAAUUUCGACAGAGCUGAAGUUGAAUUUGUUUGGUGCUGCUGAGGACAGCAGACAUUUCAUUUCUGGAUGGACACAGAGCAACAGGUUAUGUGCUCUAAUUGGACAAGUAAUUGUAGUCAAUACAUUUCUUUAUUUUCUAAAAACUGCCUUAAUAUAAUACAUGUCAUCAACCGUCCUUUCUUUUACCAUGAAUGUCCCCAACCCAUAAAUUAAGAAUGAAGGAUGUUAACAUUCACCAGAAGUCUGUUUAGACUCUGUUGAGAAAUCUACAAUGUUCUGAAAAGAUGAAGCCUGCAAAUAAAAUACCAACAUUGCCAAAACCUCUUUGCUCUGGUGUUUGAUCGUUGUUAAACACAAAUAGAGCAUAUUAUUACACAGUAUCCUCCAUUAAAUCCUUUAUUUACAACAA